AUGCCGGGGCCCCCAGUCAUCAAGCCCGGCACCGAGUUCGACACGGAAAAGGCUUGUUACAUAAUCGCCGGGAAGCUGGGCAGCGGCGGGUUCGGCACCAUCUACUUGGUGCGCAACAAAAAGACGCAGCAGCUGGCGGCGAUGAAGGGGCAGACGCUACAACAAGACAAGCGCCGUCUACACCAAGAAGUGCAGAUCAUGAUGGAUUUAGCGAAGGUGCCCCCAUCACGUCGCCUUCACUUCCUCGAGUACGUCGACCGCGGCAAGUCCACCGCACUGAAGAUUAAAUUUCUGGUGAUGGAGCUGGUGUCGCUGUGCCUUGAAGAUAUUAGAAGACUCGUACUGCCCGAUCACAAAUUCACGCUGUGCACCCUGAUGCAAAUCGCCAAGCAGUCGCUGCAGGCAAUCUGGGAUUUGCAUGACGUCGGCUACAUCCACCGCGACGUGUCAACGCGAAAUUUUGCGGUCGGCCUCGGUGAGAAGGACCGCACCGUCUACAUGCUCGACUUCGGGACGGCCAGGCGGUGGACGGAGACGUCGCCAAGCGGGAAAGUCACCGCGCGCCGCGAGCGCCGGGGUCCGGUCGACGGCAUCGGCGCGGUCACCUACCGCUCGCGCAACUGCUUCAAGCUGAAGGAGCUGUCGAGGCGCGACGAUGUUGAGUCAUGGCUGUACUUCCUCUUCGAGCUGUGGACGGAGCGGUGGUGCCCGGGGCCGAACGUGCUCGUCGCCCGAGAGCAGGUCUUCAAGAAGGAGUGGUGGCUGCCCGGAUUCCCGCCCGAAUUCUACCAGGUGUGCCAGUGGCUCGACCUGCUCCAAUACGAGGACCAGCCGCCCUACCAGAAGAUUAUGGAGCACGUGGACCACGUGGCCGCCGUGCACAAGCUGAACCUGAACGACAAGCUCGACUGGGAGGGCAAGAUCACGGACGACCACCGAUUCGGCCUCAUCAAAAGCCAGGCCAAGCUGCUCGCCGAACGCGACGAACGCGAGAAGAAGGCCGCCCAGGAUCGCGAGAAGCGCAAGGAGGAACUGGAAAAGGCGAAAGAGGAGGAGAAAAAGAAGAAGGAAGAUGAAGAGAAGAAGCGCAAGGAGAACGAAGCCAAGAAUCGCAAGGACGACGACGCGAAGAAGGAGGAGCCGGCGAAACGGAAGCCCAAGCCCGAAGGCAGAGGCAUAAAGACGGACGUCACCGAGGCCACGGAAAAUCAGGACAACGACGAUCAGCUGCCGAAGGUGUCCAAAAAGAAGAGGAUGUCACGCCGAAGCCGC